GUCGAAUUAGCAACUUUGACAAAUCGACCGGUGCGGGACGGAGUCCAAAAAGCGAUGGUGAUUCGCGCUAAUUGCAUCGCCAGCAACACCUGCUAGCUUGCGCGUAAAGGGCCGAGCAUUCCUGCGUGCCUCUGGACCACGUGAGCGCCGACGCCGCCGCGGCGCGCCGCACCACUCAUGGGACCAGCAAUGCAAACAAGACAGCGACGGAGGCGCCUCUACGCCGUCGCCGGCGCCGGCGCCGUUUUCGUAUACCUCGUGGCCCAGCUCGCUCUCGCGAGCGGCCCGUCGCCGAAAGACCUGCAGCGGCCGCUUCCAUUAUACCUCAAACUCCAUAAAACGGGCGGCACGUCCGUGGCCUCGGCACUAGCCCGGGUCGUGCUCAACGACGACACGGCCUACGGCGCGUGGCGCGCGCGCUUGGACGGGCGCGAGGGGUCGUCUUUUCCAUUACGAAAACUGGGAAAGUUCUGCGGCAACUACGACGGCCACUGGGCGACGCAAGUUUAUAGAGUCGCCGGUGCGACGGGCAUGAAGCUGUGUGGCGGCGUGCCCCGAAGAACAGCAAGGUUAGUGACGUUGCUUAGGGACCCCACCCCCCGCUUCGUCUCGCGGCUCUACUACGAGCUCGGCGGCGCCACGGAUUUACUGCUGAAGGCGCCCUUCUCCACAAAUACGUCGAGCUGGACACCAUAUGACAUCAGACGCAUGGAGCGCAUCGCCUGCGAAGCGUGUUCUCAUAUAAAUGGCGGCCACUGCCAGUGGAAGGGCGGGAUUUGUGAUUCCCCGCAAGAAUACACCGUGGUCCUCAGUAAACUGGGCUACUACGGGCGGCGCGGCGCCCUGCAGCGGAGCGGCGGAUCUGUUGAUGCACCAGACCCACACAUCGCGCCUCCCACGACGAAUUUGCGGCGGUUACGUGAAUAUAGAAAGGAGGCCGAGCGGGCGCUCCGCGAGGACUUUGCGGUGGUUGGCGUCCUCGAGGACCUGUCGACGUUCUUCACGCUACUAUCAUUAAAUCUCGGCUGGGACACAGAUAACUUUGUGUUUGCGACCCGAAAAAGCCACGCGCUCCACGGUUCUACUAAAACGCCGCCCUGCUCGCGUACUGUCCAACCGCGGACAGAUUUAAUCCAGGGCCGGCUGGGCGAACGACGCGACGAGCGCCUCGCGAAGCGCGCCGACGCGCUGACGCACCGCAAUAACACAGAAAUCAAGUGGUCGGGCGUCUGGCCGCUGCUGGGCUGGAACGCUCCUAAAAAAGGCAAGCUCCGGGCCGAGACGCAAAAGUAUAUUGAGAAACGCAAUGCUGAUGAUAGGCACCUCUGGAAGACCGCUAGAGCGUUGAGCGAGGAGCGCCUCAUCAUGGCUCAUAACGGUGAGGAAUCGAAGCGGCGCUUCGACGCCUUGCAAAAGGCCUAUGGUGCCGGUCUGGUCCGCGACGCGCAGGGCUUCUACGGCUUUUGCGACUGGCGCGUCAAGGACCACGAGCGGGGCAAUGAUGCGAACGAGGAAUGCCGCCGCUGCGCCGCGGCGCUGCCCCGGCGGCGGUGUCGGGUGGACGGCGUCGAGGCGUCCUGCCGCGCGGGGGUGGAGGACGUCGUGUACGACGACGAGUAACUAUUGUGAUGACUUA